AUGGUUUACUUCGCUUCUCUCCUCGCGACCACCCUCGCCGCCGUCACCAUCGCUUCCGCCCACCCGCAUCCCACGGCAGGCACUGAGGCCUUCGAGAAGCGCAUGGAGUUCCAGACCAAGGCCCGUCGCUCCCUCGCCGAUUGCCAGGCCACCCUCCGCAAGCGCGAUGGCGUCUACGACCGUGCCAUCCAGCGUCGCGAGGCAUUCGCCAAGGGUGCGCGCGAGUCGCACAAGAUCCGCCGCGAUGCUCCCUUCCUGAAGCGUGAUCUCGACACCGUCCUCAGUACCGACCACCAGUCGAACCUCACCGGCGUCACGAAUAACACCGACGCCUCCGUCCUCUUCUCAGGCAACAGUUCCUGCGUCCUCGCGCCAGAGGUCACCGAUGGCCCCUACUACGUGACCGGCGAGUACGUCCGCUACGACGUCCGCGAAGAGCAGGAGGGCGUCGAUAUUUACGUCGACGUCCAAAUCAUCGACGUCAACACGUGCGAGCCCGUCCCAAACGUCUACCUCGACUUCUGGCACGCGAACGCGACCGGUGUCUACUCCGGUAUCUCUGCCAACGGCAACGGCAACAGCGCGUCAGAGCCCGAGAACCUCAACACCACCUUCCUGCGCGGCAUCCAGGCCACAAACGAGGACGGCGUCGCGCAGUGGCUCUCGAUCUUUCCGGGCCACUACACCAGCCGCGCAACGCACAUUCACAUCCUCGCGCACGAGAACGGGACCUCGUUUGAGAACAGCACCUACACCUCCACCUACGUCUCGCACGUCGGCCAGAUCUUCUUCGACCAGGAUCUGAUCAGCGAGGUCGAGGCCCUGGCGCCGUACAGCACCAACACGCAGGAGCUCACCACAAACGCCGAGGACUCGAUCCUCUCCUCCGAGGCGGCGGACAUCGACCCGUGGCCGAUCACGGCGGCGGCGACGCUUACGGAGGAUGGCGGCGUCGCGAACGACAGCUCGGACUCUAUGGGCGGGGCGCCGAGCGGCGACAUGCCCUCUGGGAGCAUGGGCAUGGGCAUGCCGUCGGGCAGCGGAAGCAUGGGCGCGCCCUCCGACACUGCGGUCGAUGACCUUGCGGUCUCGACAACCUCGGUGACGACGACGACGAAUGUGGCCACUACGACCUCUACGACGACAACCUCUUCGGCGGCGACUAUCACAUCGACACCCGGACUGAUCAACAAGAUCGCCUCGGAGCUGCUCUCGCUCACGACCGCGGUCGAGGUCAACCUCCCGCUCGCGUCGAUCGCCGCGGCGGUCGGCAUCCACCUUUGA